AAAAACAAAAAAACGUUCUGUUGAAAAAGACGUGAAGCGAAGCGGAGAGCAAAAAUCACCGGCAGCGGGGCCAGCGUCUACAACAAAAGCCUCGCAGAAAACUGAAUGAGAGAGCACAUUUUAACCUCAAGCCACUGAGUGAAUAGACGUUAUCAGCCAGUGUCGCAGACAAGAAGCGCAGAUGGACACCAGGAACACCGCGGAAGAGAAACCUGUCCAGCGAUCUAAGUCCUUCAGCUUUAAGACCCCAAAGGAAGUGUGUUCAUCAUGUGAGAAGACGGUCUACCCAAUGGAGAGAUUGGUUGCCAACAACCUGGUCUUCCAUUCAACAUGCUUCUGCUGCAAGCACUGCAACGCCAAACUUAGCCUUGGCACCUUCGCAGCUCUUCAAGGUGAAUUUUACUGUAAACCCCACUAUCAGCAGCUGUUCAAAAGCAAAGGCAACUACGACGAGGGCUUUGGACGCAAACAGCACAAAGAGCUCUGGGCCUCCAAGGAGACAGAUAAUAUAACCAAGACGGCAUAACACCUCCAAUACAUCACAAUGAACACAUGUCUCAUAUGCUGGGGCACAGUUAAAUUGCCCUACUGCUCACUUGCUUUUUAAAUGCCAUCAGAACAGAUACAUGCACAAACAGCUAGAAAAUGACUGGCCAGUCAUAAUCCAUACCACUUAAAAUUUAAUUGUGCGGAAAUAUUUAAGGUUCAAUUCAAUUGAUAUCUGUAUUUUAUUUUCAGUUUCCUGUUUGGAAUUAGGGAGUUGAUUGUGACCAAAAGCCUUCUCUGGUAUGGGGAGUAUAAUAAUCACUUUUCUUUUUAAUAAUUUGCACCCUUUUUUUUUUUUUUUUUUGGAAUAGGUAAACCGUAUGCUCAGGCAAACAUAUGAGGGGUUACAGAGCAUACACUCAGGUCAAUUUUCACCCAGGGUUUAAAAAAAACAACAAAUGGCAUAGUUUCACUCAUUUUAACAAAACACAAAUCAAAAUAAUAGUCCUCAGUAUUGUGACUUUGCUGUCAGACAGUUGUCAGUUUGUUAGGUUUCAUAUAUUUGAGGAACAAACAGGGUACAGAGUACUGUAAAAUAACCGUGCACAUCAGCAACCGCUCACCUCGUGUUCAGUUUAAUUAUUGUUCGCUUCAUCCCAAGGUUUGUUCUAAUUUUAUCGACCACUGUAGUCUCGUCCUUGCAUGUUGGGAUGACUGGGUCUUAAUAGCCUUAUCUUAUGACUAUCCAUCUUUUGUGUUGUGAAUAAUCUGAUUUUUUUUCAUUGAUUCAUAGCAACUCACUUUUUAAAGUUUUUUUAGCAACACUUGAGUUUGGAUUUUAUUGAUGUCAUGGCAUAAGUUUGAUCCUCUCUGAGCUUUUAUUAAUGGUUGAAAUGUUAAUGGAAUUCUCAGAUUGUGUUUUGUAUACUAUGUGUAUGUAGAGCUGUAGUUUGUGAUUAGUGAACAUUCCCCACCUCACUGUACUCUCGUCUUGCACAUACACAUGAUGACCAGACAAGAUAAUCACUGGGAAACUGAGGCCUCGCUCGUAAACAUCCCUCACUCCGUUGGAUGAAACAUCUUAAGAGGAGCUGCAAACAUUUCGUGAAAUUAAUUACUACACUUACACUUCUGUCGCAAAUGAGGAUGUUGAUGGACGGAGCUUAAGCCUUGCAUGAAACCACACAAUAGUGUUCCUUCGUCAUUUCACCCUUUUGUCAGUUGUUGGUGUCUUGUAGUGAUUUCUUCCCUUGCUGUAUUUGAGUGUGUUCAUAUAGCUGGACAGUUUUUAUGGGGGAUGUAGAUAGACCCAAUCAGUGUCUUCAACAUCCAUCAUUAUGUUACCACCAGUAAGCGUGGACAGGUUUCUUUUUUUUUUUUUUUUUUUUUUUUUUAAUGAAUGCCUUCCUGUUCUCAUCUCCUGUCUUAUUAGCUAAAUGCAUCUUAGCACCUGGACCUAUAUCUUAGUAUUGAAUUUACUUGCUAGGGGUGGGGGGAGGGGGGUGGAGGUCCUCUGAUGUGCUCCUGCCUGCCGCAUGCAAAACCCAUUGCAGAGCACCCCCUACUGGGGAAAGUGUGACAGUAGUGUCUAGUGUGAGAGAGAGAACUUGCCCCUGAACUCAACAUACUGUAGAAUUUAUUCAAAGUUUUUGAAUAUGUUGCCUCCUAACCAAUUUAGACAAGAUUUCCACAUCAAUAUUUCGUUCUAUACAAAGAAUGAGUCUAAAGCCAUUCAAAUAUCUCAUUUUAGAAAAUAUCUGAAUACCACUGAGACUUGAAUGACACUUGAAUGACAAAGUACUUCUGUGACUGAAGGUUUACUGUGAAUUUGAGCAUGCUGUGCAGAAUAGAAAGCUAAAUGGAAACAGAUGGAUAUCUGCUACUUUUUUUUAAAGAACUGAUAUCUGCUACAUUUUUUUUUUUUUUUUUUUAAGAGAAGCCUUA